AGCAAAUUCCACAAGGGACGACUGCAGGCCAAAAGUAGAAGAGAAAUAAGCUGAAUCUCCUCGAAGGUCAAAAUCGAACAACAAGGAAUAAAGAAUGGGCGCAUCUCUUGAAACCAACAAAACCAAGACAGGUCAGUUUUGGCGCGAAUUGCAGCAAGGACUGAGUUUUUACGACAUGCCGGAAACUGUGGACAGAACGGAGAAUCCGCGACCACAUUCCACGAUUGAAGAGAUCACAAUGGUGGUGGUGGGGAGACCAUUCACCUGCUUGAGCCUGUGUGUAGAAGGUGGGAAGCAGUGUCCUGGCGGUAUGUUACUGGUACCCUCUUUAGCAUGGCUUCAGAAAGAACCCUCCAACAGUUCCAAUACUCAAGGAGAUCUGCAAACCUUACGGGUACACAAGGCUGUUACAUUUGACUCUUGUGGUCGAACAUUUUUGGACAUUUUCAACCCACCUCGCCGUGUCACUUACUUGAUGAACCUUUCCACGGGUGAUGACAGGAUAGAUGCACAAAAUACUACCAAAUUUUUGGAGGAUUCAGAAUGCCCAUUUGGAGUCACCGAGAAGUUAGUGAGGUGCUUGGAUGAUCGAAUUCUCAUGCGUAUUCUCGUAGCGGACGCUGGCGUUGCCUAUCCCGACACGCUGGCAUUUGUGUACAAACCUCAAGUUUCCUACAACCAAGGAAAACACAAUAUUUUUGUGGUCCCUCUUCAAAGUGAUGACAGAAAAGAAACAGUCCAUAAAGAGCUAGAUGCGUUCUUGGCUUAUUUGUUAAAGAAGGGAAUUAGAAAGGUGGUCGUCAAAGCCCCUCGGUCCUCAUCCCUAACUGUGUCCUACCACCCUGCCAGUGAGGUAGAAGACGUCUACAGUGCCGUGUAUACAGAAAUGGAUGUCCUUGAAGAGGGGGAGGGCAUCAUCGUGGAAGCAUUUUGUGAGACCCUUAAGCCAUUACCGGUCCCCCAUCUUGACUACGAAGAACGCUCAGUUGGCAUCAUGACCAAGCCGCUGUCCAGCACAAUUCGAGCUGUCGUCUGCUCCACUCCCGACGGGAAUCAGCUGGUUUCGGAUAUCUACUGCGGCGUUGGUCACGCAGACAGGACGCUCCACUGCGACAAUACCUUUCCAUUGUCACUUGAAAGCUUCCUAAUUCAGUGGGGGUUAAAUGGUAGAUCCGAAAUUGAAAAGAUACGUUCAAUGAUCAAGGAGAAGGCGAAAGCCAUUUUGAAAACCUGGAAAAGGCUCGAGAGCAGUUUGAGCAAGGAACAAGAAGUGACAUUAAGGAGAACAGGCAUAAUAGGUGUAAAUUUCAUUCUGACCCAGAAGGAAGACGGCAGUUAUGACGCCGUGGCUGUAAGUAUCAAUAACAGCAGGAAAACCAUCGCGAACACGCAGAUCUACGAGUCUCAAAACCCCGCCAAGCUUGGAAGUAGCCUACGACCCCUAGUGGCAACCAUGGUGAACCGUAGUCAGAGAUUCCUACUUCGAGGAAAGAAAAUUCUUCUUCUAGGCGUGGGGGAAAAUUAUCUGUGGGAAGCUGCUUUGGAAUACGAUGCAAAAAUAAUUCUAAUUGACCCGGAUCCUAUCCAAAAAGAGGUUAAAGGGAUUUACAAGUUUAUUCAAUGUGAUAUAGGAGAUCAUAGCCGUGAUGAUGACAACGCAGAGAAAAUUGUUCGAAUAGUACGUACACAUGAUUUAGCCAUAGACGGCUGCAUGACCGUGGUGGAAGAUUACGUUUCUUUGACGUCACUGGUGUGCAAGGCACUGCGCAUGAUCGGAAGUUCACCUGAUGCUGCAAGAAUAACCAAGAAGAAAAGCCUCACCCAAAGAGCGUUAGAAGAAUCUAGAAACAAAAUUCCUUUUUUGCCCAGCCCCUCUCGUUUUGCCGUCAAAACUCUGGAAAUUAACAAACCUGGGGAUGUGACGGGCUCGUCAAAUCUUAUCCAAUACCCCGCCCCGAGUACGGGACAAGUUCCUUUGGAAUAA